ACACCGAAAUGUCUUGUGAUUACGAUCGGUUGUCUUCAGUGACGCUGCUGUUCAAUGUGGUAUGGAGAGGACAAGAGAAGAGAUUCUGGCGGAAGACUAUUCGAAAGAGAAGAAUGAGACUGUGUUGUGAUGAAAACAAUACUUCUGGGCGGUUUGGUUAGACUUCAAAUUGAUUUUCAUCAGCUUAUCCAGUGGCUAUCGUGGUUCUCAGUGACCCAAGCCAAGGAUGGACAGUGACACCAGCGAAAGGCAACCUUUUGCCGAUACUGGCUCCCCGAGGAUAGGUAUUAGGCGACGAAGUUGGCCUGAAUGGCACUCAUCAUACACGGUUCUGCUAGUAUCGCUUCUUGAAAGAGUGGGUAAGGGUGGACUUGUCGUGAAUCUUGUGCAAUACUUGGAAUUCCACAGUUUCUUGGGCUGGAGCUCAAACAGUGCUACGAUUGCCACUUUGCUCUGCACGAAGUUGUCCAUGUUGGGCGCAAUACUGUCUGGCUUACUAGCGGACACUCUGUUUGGCCAUUACAGAGUGUUACUAGUGUCACUGCUGCUGCAGUUGGCCGGCUCGUUGCUUUUGCUGGCAGCGGUCGUUGCGGAGUCGAAUGUUGCACACGAUGAGAAGCAUCAUAGCUCACUUGAAGGCUUGGUGAUCUCUGGGCUAGUCCUGUUCGGCCUCGGUCUCGCAGGAUCAACAGGAACCGAGAUCCCGCUCGGAGUCAGUCAGCAUGCUCUGAGGGGAGAAAGUGGACAACAGGCCAAGGUGUUCUUUCCCCGCUACUACUGGUGCAUUAAUGUAGGCUCCAUGCUUGGCUUGUUGUCUGGAGUUAUACAGGUUCAGGAAUCUUACCAUGUUUACGGCUACAUACUUCCACCCGUCUUCUAUUUCCUCAGUGUCAUUGCGCUUCUCCUACUAAAUAGAACCAUUCUUGGAGAGAUGCCGUCGCGCGCAAAUCCCAUCUCCGACACUUGGACCGUUGCCAAGGAAGCCAUUCGAGUUCGAUGGAGGAAAAACAAGAGAAGCCCCAUGGUUUUCACCCAGGAGAGGCAAGGCGCCAACCGGCUGUACUGGAAAGAUUCUGCUGGGUCUCUUGCGAACUGGGUGAGGUACGCCGAGAAGACGUAUGGAGGCAGCUUCGAUUACAACCGUGUCGCCAAGGUGCACAACUUCCUCUCCGUUCUGGCAGUUCUCUCCGCCAUGAUGUUUUGUCAAAUCACUCUGGCACAGACGUUGACAUCAUUCGUAUCGCAAGGGAAUCUAAUGCGCCUACCCAUCCAGAGAGCACCAGCAAACAACGGCUCCUUCCACAUUCCGGCCUCGUCCUUCACUGCCUUCAACAGCAUUGGUGUUCUGCUCGGUACCCCAAUUGUGAUCUGCGUCAUUUAUCCCGGAUGGCAGGCCUGGUCCAAAGGCACUCCUCCCAGCCACUUGAAACGCAUCACUUUUGGCAUGAUGCUGGCAAUAGUCGUGCUCAUGGCGGCGGCUGCUCUGGAGGUGGAACGUAGGAAGGCGGGCAGGUGGGACGCGCUCACCACCGCGGACCACAGCGCCAAUCCACACAGCAAGAUCCUGAAAGUCUCCAGCCUUCCUAUCUACUACCAAGUACCGCAGUACACUCUGUCUGGCCUUUCUGAAGUUUUCAUCACAGUGUCUGCUCUUGAAUUCGCAUAUUCUUGCUCACCACCACGAAUGAAGGGAAUAGCCGUUGGCUUGGUGUAUGCGUCCAUUGGGCUGUCGUCCAUUGUCAGUGUUGGCGCUCUGCUGCUGAUUCACGCGCUCCACCCAAGCAUGUUCUACGUGUCUGAUCAGCAAGGACAGGUCUACUACUACUAUAUCGCUCUUGCUGGGAUCAUGCUCGUUGGCUUGGUCCUGUUCCUAAUUGUUUCCAAGCGUUUCAAACGCGUCCCAAUCUAUUCGUCAGCUGGUGCCAGUGGUGGGGUCAAUGACUAUCGGGCUAUCAGUACUACCAGUAUGACGGCAAGUCACGUGACUAUUUCACAGUCCGUGUGAUGGCCGAAUACUAACACUAAGUAACAGUAUUGUUUCAUAUGUCAUGACGUCAGUAUUCAUAUGUCAUGACGUCAGUAUUCAAGUCAUUGUCUAAUGAUUUCGUUGCAGAGAUGCAGGAUAAAUGGAGGAUACUUUGGUUACUGUUGCAAUUUGGUUUUUGACAACCAGGCAUACCAAUUCUCAAUGCUACUGCUGCCUCUUCUCUUGUUAUGAUUGUCACUUUUA